CGAGACUGUUUGAGUGUCCAAACUGCCUAAUCCUACAAUCCUUAAAAUCCUAUAAAAAGCUCCUUUUAUCAAGGGAUCGAUAAGAUAAGAAACACGCAUAAAUCAUAUACUUUCCCUCCUCUUUUCUCAGCAAUUAUCACGAGGAAGUAUCCACCCACAAUCGAGACCAUGAACAUCGAAGCAGGAGAACCCACAUGGCCGGAACUGCUAGGCAGCAACAGUUGGGAAGGUCUCUUGUACCCUCUCGAUCUCUCCCUCCGAAAACUCAUCCUCCGAUGCGGCGACUUCUGCCAAGCCACCUACGACGCCUUCAACAACGACAAAAGCUCUAAGUAUUGCGGCUCCAGCCGCUAUGGGAAGGCUUCCUUCUUCCACAAGGUCAUGCUCUACAACGCCUCCGACUAUGAAGUUGUCGCUUUUCUCUACGCCACUGCCAAAGUCGGCCAUCACUCGGCCUUUCUUUUCCACUCCCAGUCUCGCGAGUCAUGGGACCGCGAGUCUAAUUGGAUUGGCUAUAUCGCCGUCACCACCGACGAGGUCAGCCGCGCCCUAGGCCGGCGCGAGAUCUAUGUCGCCAUGCGCGGAACUACUAGGAGCUACGAGUGGAUUGAUGUGUUGGAGGCUAAACUCGAGCCUGUCGUGUCGUUGUUGCGUCCAAAUGCGCUUGAUGAACACAUGACUGAUGGUAGUAAUUGUGAUAGCAAUGAAGAUAACGAACGUUCAUCGGUCUUCUCUUUCUUCUUCAACUGGGCAUAUCUGAUCUGUAAAAAGGAGCCAAAAGUCAUGAAGGGUUGGCUUACUAUCUACAUGUCGGAGGACCCCAACUCGCUAUUCACCAAGAAAAACGCAAGAACGCAGCUUUUAACCAAGAUCGAUGAGUUGAUAAAGCAAUACAAAGACGAGGAAGUAAGUGUGACGUUAACGGGGCAUAGUCUUGGCGCAAGCUUAGCAGUCUUGGGAGCUUUCGAUCUGGUGGAGAAUUGUGUUUCUGACAAUAUUCCGGUUUCAGCCAUUGUUUUCGGGUGCCCGCAAGUAGGGAACAAAGCUUUCAAUGAGAGGCUCAAGAAGUAUCCAAAUCUGAAUGUUUUGCAUGUAAAGAAUACCAUUGACGUGAUCCCACAUUAUCCAGGGCGGAUGUUGGGGUACAAGCACACAGGGGUUGAGUUGGUUAUAGAUACGAGGAAGUCUCCAAGCUUGAAGGACUCGAAGAAUCCGUCAGAUUGGCAUAAUUUGGAGGCCAUGUUGCAUGUGGUGACUGGGUGGAAUGGGGAGAAGGAGAAAUUUGAGUUGAAGGUGAAUAGAAGCUUGGCUUUGGUGAAUAAGUCGAGUGAAUAUCUCAAGGAUGAAUACUUGAUUCCAGGAUCGUGGUGGGUGGAGAGGAACAAAGGGUUGGUGCGUGAUGAAAAUGGAGAAUGGGUUCUGGCUUAUCCAGAUGAAGAUGACCUUCCGGUCCCCGAGUGUUAUUCAUCAGUUGAGUUGUAGGUACAUGAUUUGAAUGAAGGUUGGUGAAUCGUGGCCCUACGUAAUUUCUACUUAUUUAUUCUUUGGUCUUCUUUUUGUGAGAUGUAUGUAUCAUGUAUGCUUCCUCCGUUUUCAUCAAUUGGAACUACAAUUGAAAUAAAAUAUAAACUGCUUAUCGAGGGUUUA